AUGAAGCUUGCAUCCUCGGGCUUCGAGGCUGCAAUUGAUAUAGGCGUGGACAAGUUAAAAGUGUUCGGAGAUUCCACACUAAUCAUAAUGCAGACCGUAGGUGAAUGGAAGACCAAGGAAGCCAAGUUGCUCCCAUACCACAAGUAUUUAGAAGAUCUGGUGGAAAAGUUCGAGGAAGUUUCGUUCGAGUACUUGCCAAGGUCUCAUAAUCAAUUUGCAGACGCACUUGCAACGUUGUCUUCUAUGUUGCAAGUCACUGAUGGGUUAGAGGUUGAGCCUCUGAAAAUAGAGGUUUUGCCGAAGCCAAUUUAUUGCAUGGUAGUGACAGAGGAAUCGGAUGGAAAACCAUGGUACCAUGACAUCAUGACCUAUAUUCAAAAGCAAGAGUUCCCAGAAGGUAGCAAUCCAGCUGACCGAAAACAUCUCAUGAAACUUGCCUCCAAAUUCUUUAUUAGUGGGGAUACAUUGUACAAACGAUCCUUCGACUCUGUCCUACUUAGAUGUGUCAAUGCUAAGGAAGCCACUCAGUUGAUGGAAGAAAUACAUGAAGGAGUGUGUGGUCCUCACAUGAGCGGCCACAUGUUAGCAAAGAAGAUAAUGAGACUAGGCUAUUUCUGGCUGACCUUGGAGACGAUGCAUUCAACAUGUCCGGAGUUGUCACCGUUGUCAGAUUUAUGGAGACAAGAUAAAUGUUCCUCCAAAUGA